AGUAAACGUAUUGCAGUCAUUUUAACACUCUGCACCCAACUGAUAGCCAAGGGCAAGGGUCUACUCUCUCCAUCCCGAAUCCAGCAGGGGGCGUAAUGGACGUAAGGUAAACAAUUCCUGGGGAAACUUUCCUGCUUCCCACCCGACCCCGCCCAGCCUCCCGUCAACCAGUGCGCAAGUGCGAGGAGGCGGUGCCCAGCGCUCCGCCGCCCCGCCCUCCGCAGAGGCGAAGACGUCACUGAGCAGCGACGCGCACUUUUAGGACGCGUUUGUGACCCGCCUUCCGGAAGGAAUCCCCAGCGGCUAACUAUGGCGACCGCCACGGAGCAAUGGGUGCUGGUGGAGAUGGUACAGGCGCUCUACGAGGCUCCUGCUUACCAUCUUAUUUUGGAAGGGAUUCUAAUACUCUGGAUAAUCAGACUUCUUUUCUCUAAGACUUACAAAUUACAAGAACGAUCUGAUCUUACAGUCAAGGAAAAGGAAGAACUGAUUGAAGAGUGGCAACCAGAACCUCUUGUUCCUCCUGUCCCGAAAGACCAUCCCGCCCUUAACUACAACAUCGUUUCAGGCCCUCCAAGCCACAAAAUUGUGGUGAAUGGAAAAGAAUGUAUAAACUUUGCCUCAUUUAAUUUUCUUGGAUUGUUGGAUAAUCCUAGGGUUAAGGUGAGUAGCACAUAAUGCUGAAGUGGACAG